GAUUAUAUUUAAUUGCUAUCAAUAAAAAUUAGCCUUCCAUAGUACUCCAAAGGUCAUACUGCCAAUGCAGAGUUGGAGCCGUUUUCCUCUAUUGAGUCGAAUGGUUACGCAAUACGUCCCAAAACGUUCCUAUGCCACUCGUUCUCCACUUUUGCGGAAGGAUUCUUUCAUGAAGCCCAUACCAUCCACCGCGCCACUUGUCACUUCUAAGCCCGUUGCACUAUCAUCUGCGCUUUUGGCAGCUGAUGAGCUCGAUAAAAUUAUCCGCCUAAUUGAAAAUGAUCCUCGAAUUCUGAUUGAUGUCGUGGCCAACUUGGAACCUGAGAACCGUCGCCGCCUAAUUGUGACCGGUGGAGCAAUGGAGUGGUUUGGCAAAGAUAGCGCCGCGUCUGAGCUUGAAAAAGCCGAUACGGACAAGGACCGUCUAAUAUCCCCCAAAGACUUUGACAAUUGGUUUGAAAGUGCCCUAAAGCGAAAUCAAGAGAGAAAAAAACGUUCAGAGUCAUCGACAACGGCUGUGUACAACGACACUACAUCAACACCAGCCUCUGGAUCGUUUGAAAUUUCUCCCCUGAAAGGAAUAACCGUGGAAAACUCGGAGCUUUCUUUUAAGGUUCUAUCACUGAUAGCCAUUGUGACUGGCUUGCCUUUUGUUGGGUUUGGAUUUCUAGAUAAUGUAGUAAUGAUACUGGCCGGAGACUUCAUUGAUGGCACGCUUGGCUUUUAUCUUAACUGCUCUGUGAUGGCCUCAGCGGCGAUGGGAAAUGUGUGCUCAGGCAUGCUGAGUAUGCAAGUCCACGGUCUUAUUGAGAAGGCGGUGCAGUGUUUUAACUUCAAGACGCCGUUGUUAACCGAAAUACAAAUGAAGGAUCGGCGUGUGUUUCUUGCAGGACACAUCGGCGGCACUCUGGGCAUUCUGAUUGGGCUUUCCCUAGGCAUGCUUCCGCUCCUUUUCCUGGACAUGGACACCACGGAAAAGGCUGAUUAUGCCACGUUUCAACGUUUGGAUAAGAAUAAACGCGGAUUUCUUGAGGCUUCUGAAAUUGAGAAUAUGCUUUCUGAAUUGAAUUUAGCAGAAACCGAUAAGAAGGCGAAAAAACUCAUUGAAAAAUAUGGUAAAGAUACUAAAAUGGAUUUUGAGCAAUUCAAUCAAUUCAGAAAAGAUUUGCGCAAAGGUAAACAAAUUUUUGAUUUUAACACCAAUUAG